AUGGAAUUGAAUGCGGGUUUAAUCAAGACGGCUGCUCAAAACAAUAAGAUUCAUGGUGUGCAAGUUGCCCGUAAAGCUCCGUGUAUUUCCCACCUUUUCUGCCUAUUGUUCUUUUGUGCAAACUCAGCGGAAGCAGAUUGUGUUUUGGAAAUCCUAAAGACUUAUCAAGAAUCUUCGGGACAGAUGGUUAAUAUGGAAAAAUCUGAGGUAUCAUUCAGUCAGAAUGUGCGGGACGAGGAUAGAAAUCUGAUCCGUAACAGGAUGUGUGUCAAGACUGUGGACCGUCACUCCAAAUACCUGGGGCUUCCGGUGAUUUUUGGUAGAUCAAAGAAGGAGAUCUUCGCCAUGGGGGUUGAAAGGGUGUGGAAAAAGAUGAAGGGAUGGAAGGAGAAAGUUUCUAUCACGGGCGGGGAAAGAAGUCUUAAUCAAAGCCAUUGCUCAGGCGAUCCCAAAUUAUGUGAUGAGUUGUUACAAACUGCCUGA